AUGCGCUGCUUUGCUCUAUUUUUGAUUCUGCUGCAUUCCGGCAGCCAGUGUGAGGCUUAUAGAGGUGUUGAUCUAGAAGAUCUGGCUUCCAACAACACAUGGGUGAUCACAUACAGCUCAAGCUGUAGCACCACCUGCGGGCUGGGCAUCCGUACUCAGAAGCUCUGCCCUUUGGUCACUGAACAUAAAGCUAACGCCCCGGCAUGCAGAAUUCGUCAGGUUCAGUGUCUAGACAAGUGGCAGUGUGGGCUGCAGCUUCAAACAGUCAGUGCUGGACAGUAUCUGGAGCUGGAUUGUCUUGAGGACGUCAUGGAAGCCAUGGGCCGCUUCGCAUUCGCGGUGUCGUGGCACUUUGCACGAGGGAUCAUCACCACCAAUAACCGUUUCUUCAUACGGCGUGACGUGCCCGGGCUGGACAGGGUCGUCCUCAACCCGGUGAAAGAGGAGGAUGCCGGGACGUAUCGCUGUGACGUGUUGGACACAUCUUACCAUAGGGUGAAGAGGAUGUAUAAAGGACUGAAGGUCUUAUCUGCGCAUGUUCUGAGCCUGAACUUCGGUAAGGGUUUGACCGAGUGGGAGAAAGCAGGAGAGAUUAAUGGAACUGUCGUCACUGGGAAACUGUAUCCGAGCAGCACCGUGCGAAAUGUUGUGCUGCUCAGUUUGUCCAUAUCUAUCAGCACGGCUGUGAUUGUCUUCCUCGGUCUGUUUGCUUUUUCUUACUGCAAAAGGUCAACAAGGAAGGACCCAAUUUCCCCAUGAGUGUUAAGGAAACCCAUGAUGACUCAUUAGCUGUUUUUCACCAAAUCACACAUGAGUAAUGUUCCCUUUCAGUUUUUAUAUCCCUGGACACUUGCUGUGUCACUUAUCUGCAUUACUUCUAAUCCCAAUACAGAGGAGUCAGGAAUCUGAAACGAUGUACAACACUGUCUCGGAAAUCGAUAAAUAAAUGUUCACAGGGUGGCAGA